AUCUAUAGCAGCACCCCUGAAGUCAAUAAUGCUCUCCAAGCUCACCCGCUCCCAGAGCGUCGCUGUUCUCUGUCGAGGUGUUCACGCUUCGCUCAGUUCGGCCACCUCUGUUGCUACUAAAAAAACCAUUCAAGGACCUCCAUCCUCUGAGUUCAUAUUUGAACGUGAGGCGAAAUAUGGUGCCCACAAUUAUCACCCACUCCCUGUUGCUCUGGAAAAAGGAAAAGGUAUUUACGUGUGGGAUGUUGAAGGUAGAAAGUAUUUUGACUUUCUGAGUGCUUACAGUGCUGUUAAUCAAGGCCACUGUCACCCAAAGAUCGUGAAUGCUCUGAAAACUCAGUCUGAAAAACUGACCCUGACCUCCAGAGCAUUCUACAAUGAUGUGCUUGGCGAAUAUGAGGAGUUUGUCACCAAAAUGUUCAAUUACAACAAAGUUCUUCCAAUGAACACAGGAGUGGAAGCUGGAGAAACGGCCUGUAAGCUGGCUCGGAAGUGGGCAUACAUUGUGAAAGGAAUUCCAAAGUACAAAGCAAAAAUUAUUUUUGCAGCUGGCAACUUCUGGGGCAGAACAAUGUCUGCUAUCUCUAGUUCUACGGACCCAUCCAGCUAUGAUGGAUUUGGACCCUUCAUGCCAGGUUUCGAAGUGAUCCCGUACAAUGACCUACCAGCUCUUGAGCGGGCUCUUCAAGAUCCCAACGUGGCAGCUUUCAUGGUUGAACCCAUUCAAGGUGAAGCAGGUGUGGUUAUUCCUGACAAAGGUUAUCUCACAGGAGUGCGGGACCUCUGCACAAAACACAAUGUUCUAUUUAUUGCUGAUGAAGUACAGACUGGUUUAGCCAGAACAGGGAAAAUGCUAGCUGUUGACCAUGAAAAUGUGAGACCUGAUCUAGUUCUUCUUGGAAAGGCCCUUUCUGGUGGCUUAUAUCCCGUCUCAGCAGUACUAUGUGAUGAUGAAGUUAUGCUGACCAUUAAACCUGGUGAACAUGGAUCUACAUAUGGAGGAAAUCCCUUAGCUUGCCGUGUUGCAAUUGCAGCACUGGAGGUAAUUGAAGAGGAAAACCUGGCUAAAAAUGCAGAAAUAAUGGGUAACAUACUGAGAAACGAGCUCAUGAAGACACCAUCUGAUAUUGUAACUUGUGUACGAGGAAGAGGACUAUUAAAUGCAAUUGUAAUUCGGGAAACCAAAGACUACGAUGCCUGGAAGGUGUGUUUGAGGCUUCGUGAUAACGGACUUCUUGCCAAACCUACUCAUGGUGAUAUCAUCCGGCUGGCACCACCCCUUAUCAUUAAGGAGGAUGAAAUCAGAGAGUGCAUCGAAAUAAUUCAUAAGACCAUUCUGUCUUUCUGAAUACGUGGCUUUUCAAGUGUAUCUGCUGACUGACCCAAAGUGGUGCGUGGAAAUAAGUGUGAGGAAGGCCUGUUCUUGAAGCAAGCAUCUCUCGUUCCUUUUAUUCAAGAGGGCUUGACCCUUAAAACAUAGCUAUGCCCUUAAAUUGUAAUAGCUCUGAAGAAAAUACAGAAUGAUUUUAAAGAGUUUCCAGU